GCGCCUUCAGUUUCGAUUCCUGCUGCGUCCGGUCCUGUUCCGUCCUGCCACGCCGAGGCAGGCUGAGGCGGAGGAGCGGCUAUGUGCGACCCGGUGGUGUGCAGCUACCUCACCGAGACCCUAUGCGCCAAGGGCGGGCGGCUGGGGCUCGCGGAACUCCAGCAGUACGUCGGCCUCUCGGCGCAGCAGCUACAGGAGACGCUGCAAGCGGCGGGUCCCGAGCGUUUCCUGCUGCUGACGGGCUCCGGGGAAGCGCCGGAGGUGCUGGCCCUGACGGCCGUGCGGGUCUGUCCGCGCAAGCAGUGCGAGGGCUGCGACCGCUUGCAUCUCUGCAAGCUGCACCUCAUGGGCAGGUGCGGCCGGCGCGAAAGAGAUUGCAAGUACUCUCAUGACAUCACCAGUGCUGAGAACAAAAAAGUUCUGAAGACUCAUGAGUUAUCUGGCCUAAGAGAGAGUGAGCUGCGAAUCCUGCUUCUCCAAAAUGACCCUUUCCUCCUUCCUGAUGUCUGCCAACUUUACAACAACAAGGCUAGUAGAUGCAGCCAGCCAUACAACUGCAGCAAGCUUCAUAUUUGUCGACACUUUCUCCAUGGUGGAUGUAAAUUUUUUCCGUGCAAGAGGUCCCAUAACUUUUUGGAUUCCUGUGCACUGAGAUUGUUGAAAAAUGGAGGCAUUGAUGAGAAGAUGGCUUCAAACAUCCAGAGUAUAUGUGAUCAUAAACAUGUGGAGCUCCACAAAAAGGAAAAACCUUAUCACCAUCAUCCUGUCUACAAACCAAGGAAAACUUCAGAGGAAAAGCUAACAAAUAAAAGUAGAGAAGAACAGAAGCCAUCUUUUGAAACAGCUGAGGUCUCCACAAUGCAUGUGCCAACUUCAGAAGAUCCCAGCAGCAACAAAACUCAUCAGAGCGAACUUCACUUGCUAACGGGCACCAGAAGUAAAGUCGAAGGUAAAAAAGAUGAUUGCUUUGUGAACUCUUUGAAGGACAAUAAAGAAGAUAAGUGUGACGAGAUAUGCUUGUUCUAUGUCUGGAAGUAUUGCAAACAUAAUGAGCAAUGCAAAUCAGUUCAUUACCAUUUGCCAUACAGAUGGCAAGUAUAUAAUGGGAUCACCUGGAAUGACCUUUCCAUGAUGGAGGAAAUUGAAAAGGCCUAUUGUGACCCAAAAAACAGCAGUAUAGCAGAUAAGAGUAUUAAUUUCCAGACGAUGACCUGCUCCUCAUCUUUGCUUCGGCGCCUCUCUACACCAUCAUCUGUUGUAAACCCCACAUUUGUACUGACUACAAAGUGGAUUUGGUAUUGGAAGAAUGACCAAGGCCAGUGGACUGAAUAUGGAACACAGGGAGAACAGGAUAUUGUGAAUUCGCCAUCUUCUGACAUACUUGAGAAUUUGUAUCUGGCAGAUCCAGAUACCACUAUACAAUUCCAAGUUGGCUUGUAUUAUUACCAACUCAAUUUUAAAGAAAUGACCCAGAUAAACACUUCUUCCAAAACAAAAAGACAGGUCUGCAGGCGACCAAAGUUUGUGUCUUAUGAAGAAGUGCAGAAGAUAAAGGAAAGAGGUCAGAGGGAUGAUUCUAUUCCAAAUCAAGCCUGUCCACCUCACUGGGAUCAAUCUGCACUGCCUGACUUCGGAUACAAGGAAGUGGAGAUCAGUAAUAUAUCCUCUGAAUACCAAGAAAUAAAGAAGCAGUUUGAGCAGACUAUGAAAAACUACAUCAUCAUUAAAGUACUCAGGAUUCAGAAUCCAUCUCUCUGGAAAGUGUUUCAGUGGCAAAAGGAGCAGCUGAAGAGACAAAGUGGAGGGAAGGAAGUAAAGGAAAGCCUUCUGUUCCAUGGAACCAUGGGAUGCCUCCUGGAAGACAUCUGCCGUCACAACUUUGACUGGAGAACUUGUGGGAGCAAUGGAACGCUCUAUGGGAAGGGAAGUUACUUUGCUAGAGAUGCUUCCUAUUCUCAUGGAUACUGUCAGUCUGCAGGAAAAUCAACCGUCAUGUUCAUGGCUCGUGUUUUGGUUGGAGAUUAUGCUCAAGGGAAGGCAGACUAUGUUCGCCCCCCAGCAAAGUUGGGUGAUAGGUUUCGGUUUUAUGAUAGUUGUGUGGACAACGUGGCAAGUCCUUCAAUUUUUGUUGUCUUUGAAAAAAAUCAAAUUUACCCAGAGUAUCUAAUAGAGUAUAAGAAAGCGCAACAAAAAUGCAUUAUAUCUUAGAGUGAUCAAAGUUGUUUGUAUCCCUCAUGUUAUUUUCUGCAUUGCAGAUGUCUCCAUACUUCUUUUUAAUACGAUACUUUGACAUGUUAAUCCAGAGAAUUUCUGUAUUGAAGAGUGUUGGCAAAACAAAUGCUGUAUUUGUUGAAACUAACUGACUGACUUUUUCCUUUUUCUCUUCCAAAUGAAGCUUAGAUUUUUGGAUAGCUAUAGGAGAAAAAUCAGAACCGUAGGACAGGAAAUUGAAUAUUAGAACUUCUGCAGGUAAAUAAGUGUAAACACAUUUUCUUGGAAAUAAGAUUUCUCUUUACAAACAGAUUUGGUUAAUUAACAGUACGGUAGUUUUUAAGCAAACUUAUAUUAUUAAUGGUUCUCAAGUUUCUUAUGGUGUCCUGCAAUGCUGAAGGCUUUGUGGAGAACUGAAGAUCCUUUUUAGCACAGAGUACAACUGUACUUGAUCCUCUUGUCUAUUGCAAAUCUAACUGUGUCAGUGUACGUAAGAAUGACUUGGCUUACUUUUCAAUGUGCUGUUUGUUAAUGUCAGUACUAGUUUCAAGACUGAAAUGAUCGGUUGAAUUUCAUGUCGUAAGUUCUCAUGUGAAGAAGUUUCAUCUGUACAAUGGCAGCUGCAGUUUGGAUCCAGAAGCUGUUGUAUCAAAUUAUUUUUGCAGAUUUGUGGUCACUUGCUCAGUGACCUGUUCAGAAAUACAGAUGAAGUGAAACUGAAAGUCACAGGUUAUUAAGCUAAACUACAAUUUGGUGGCUUGGCUGCAGCUAACAGCUGUACACAUAAAGGCUAUGUCACAAUGAGAUAGGCUUUUAAUUGAACGUGGCCGUUAAUUUUUCUUAAUGUGAACACUUGCUUAGCAAAUGCCAUAGUAUAAGAGAAACAGCUUAAGAAACAUUGGUAUUUUCUGUCCUACUUGUGUACGUUAAUUUUCAUUUUUCACAAAAUAAGAAAGACCAACGGUAGAACUGCUGUCUUGAGGUAUUUCAUGUGUGUUUUGUUGCCCACAGUGUGUUUGCAUGAGAACUUGUUGACAAGUGUAGUUCCUCUUAGUACACUGAGGUAGAGAUCAGGGUAAUCCUGGAUACUGCUGCUUUUCCAGGUCUGUUUUUAGAUAAACUUGUGUUGUCUUGGUCAGCAAAAAACAACCCUACAAAUGAUGGUUAAGCCCUAUUUUAUAAGUUACAUGUUUUCUUGUUCCAGAAGAAAAAUGUCAAAUAGAGUCUCUGUUGAAUUUUACUGAUGAGUUUGUAAGUAAAUCUGUAGAAAGAUGUCUUAUGCAGCCAAUCCAGCUGUUGAGAGGGAAAUUUGCUGAGGCCAAAGAAAUUAUCACUUUCUGAUAAGCUUUACAAUAACAUGAAUAGCCUCCCAGUUAUUUGCAUAUUGAACAGGAGCCUGCCAACCACAUGUAGUACUCAAAUUUUUAAAGUUACCGAGAUGAUGGGGAAAUAAUUGAAACUAGGCUAUCUUACUAUGUAGAAAAGACUGUUUUACAACUAAAUUGAAAACAAGUCAGUAACAUACUAAAAGGGAAAGUAUGAUGUUUUCUCAAGAUCUCUCACUUUCAUUUUGACUGAACCACAUUUUGCCAUGUUUGCAAAUAAAAUGUUUUCGGUCACUUUUC